GAGUGCCAAGUUGAACAGACGUCAAAUUACUGGAGUUCGUUUAAGAAAAGUAUGCCAAGACAUCAUGGAUUAUAUUAUGCUAAGAGCUCCACAGCCACCACCUGGACAAUCAAGGAAGAGAUUUUCAUUAUAUCUGUCUUCUCAGUUGAUGUAUGGAGUCGUUAAAAUAUAUAAUAAACAACAUGACUACUUACUUAAUGAUGCCUCUACAUUUAUGUCAAGACUUCGGCUGGCAACUGUUGCAAAUGAAGAUAUUGAUCUUAAAGAAGCUGUUAGCCAUGAUCUGGUGACUUUACCUGAUCCUGUGACCAUGUUCCAACCAGAAACAGAGUACUUUGAUCCAUUAUUUGGUCAAAUAAAAGAAAAUGCAAACGAAUCCCUCAUGGCCCACGAGAGAUUACAGAUAUCGUCAGCAUCGGAAAGUGAUCAAACCAUCACUUAUUCACCAAAAUCAAUUGACCCUUUGAGAAUAGGAGAUGUAUUAGGGAGUCCAAAUACAGUUUCUAGUAUUGAAGAAAUAACUUUGAAGGAGAUGUCAUCAUUAAUCAGUCGAGUUGAACCACUAGCAACAUUAGAAGAAGAUUUAUUACCUGGAUUUGGAGAGUUGUUUGAAAAUCUAAAUGAACAAGAAACUGAUAUUCCAAUUAUGACAGAAGCUCAUCAGUCUCCAAUUCCUCACAGUCUUUCUGACGUUCCUAUUGUGCCUGUCCAUGAAACUCCAAUAUACAGACCAGACAAUGAAUUGGCUAAAAAACACAAAGAACAUCCUACUCCAGGUAUUACUCCUGAACAACAAGAAAAACGACAAAAGAGAAAGAGGGCGAGUAUGAAGUUGGUAUUAGAUGAUAUAGAUUCAAAUAUUCAACAAAUAAGUCUUCCUAAAAAACGUAAAAGACUUAUUAUAGACAAAGAAACACAGAUAUCAAGGGAGGCCUUCAAAAAGAAUCUGAAAAAUUCCACUACUUCACAACCAAAUUCCAUCAUCGAUAUAAAGUCUAAAAGCAUGGGAGAUUUCUUUAAAACACCAGGAAGAGAAUUGUCAAGAUCUCUUCUAUACUGUUUUCAAAGAAACUGCAAACUUCCAGAAACAAUUUUUUUAUCUGAUACUGAAACAAGUGUGACUUCUUCCACUCUGGUAACAUCACCACCUCCAGUCUCCCCAACUAUUACUGCUCCUGUUUCAAUCUCAAGAUCAGCAGACAUAGAACUACAGGUAGAUUUGUUGAUACCAUAA